AUGCAGUCUGUAUUUAAUAAAGUCAGUCCCACAUUUAGGAUACCAUCUUAUAUCUAUAUUAUACAUAUUAAAUAAUAUUAAUUAAAUCUAAAAACAGGAGCGUUUGAGCUACAGGCUAACUAUGGUGGUCAUCCCAAGAACGAGAUAAGACUUCAUUCCCUAAACCCAGAAUGAUCUGCCAUGUAAAUAAAUCUCUUGAUUGCUUAAGACAGCUCAUAAACAGUGGGUAAUUUCCAUAGUUUCCGGUCCACAAUGAAGGGCUUUAAACAAAGUGUACACAGCACCAAAUUGAGUUACUUCUCCACGUGAAAGACAUGUAUCAUCCCCUGCUCCUGCAGCCAGACUCUGACAUCGUGAUUGUCCUUGUCAGAUUAAGCAAAUCAAGCAGACUGAGUGGAAGAGAAGAGGGAGACCAGGAGGAGGAGAGAAGAAAGAGAACUCUGUUGGGGGUGGAGUCGGGGGGUGGGGGUGCAGCUCCACCCAUAAUUAGUUUAGCCUGCUGCGCUGAAGGUCCAUGUUUAUGGCACAGACAAGGGAGUUUUCUUCACUCUGUGGACAACUCAGAGCAGAGAAGCGAGCUCUCCUCUGACUGUUUCUUUCUGCAGCUCAUCAUCCCUUACUCCGCCGCAGCUGAUUGACCUGCACAUACAGGCUGCCUGAAGAAGAGGUGGAGGGAAGAAGCAGCAGCUGCGGCAGCACCAGCCUAAGCCUCCAUCCCCUCUUCCUACCCCGGAUCUGUUCUCUGCUGCGUUGCCUGCCAACCUUGCUGCCACCAUGUGUGACUGCUUUCACCUGGCUUUCCCCAACUGGCAUGCUGCCCCCUCCGGGACGGCAGGGAGAAGACUGCAAGCACCAGAGCCUGCCACAGAGGACAAUUCAAUAUGUGAAGAACUAGCUCAGUUCGCAGAGGGGGAGAGACCACGACCACAAGGAUCAUCCCCUGUCCAGGAGUAUCCUGAGGUGGCAAAACAUACUGACAGUGACAAAGAGUGUGAAGCAGAGCAUGAUCCAGACCACAAGGCUGGGACAGGACACAAAGGUAAAAAGUCUGGCCUUGGGUCCAUCUUCGAGAGGACCCCGGCUCCAAAAAUUAGUAAAUCCCAGGAAGCUCAAAGUCCUGAAGGUGGGUUUAUUGUGAAUACAGCCAAAGACGGAUGUGCAGAAGGUCUCGUCUAUGGUGGAGGAGGGAAAGAUGGGAUCUUCAUAAAGAAAGUAGUCCCAGAGUCACCUGCUUCAAAAAGUUUAAAAGUGAAAGAAGGAGAUCAGAUUCUGAGUGCCACAGUGUAUUUUGACAACAUGUCAUAUGAGGACGCCAUUCAGAUUUUGGAGCAUGCUCAGGCUUACAAAUUGAAGCUUUGCCUAAAACGGCAAACGGACAUCACAGAGACUGAACCAGCUAUCAAAUCUGACAUUAUUCCUGAGGAGGAAGUUUCCUCCACAGAGAUAAGGGAGCAAGGAAAAACCAGAAGGCGCAGGGAUGCUCGCAUUUCAUGGCCGAAGUUUCCUUCAUUUGGAAAAGGACGUAAAUCCCGUUUCACAAGGUCUCACAGUUCAUCAGAAGCAGAUGAGCAGAGAAAGCUUGAGCUUAGUCCUACAACAAGUGACACAGAGUCACCCAUAAAAUCUCAGGACGCUCUCAAAGGCAAAAAGAAGCAUAAAAUAAAGCUCUCUGCUCUAACAAAAAGAGGCCGCAUAAGUUCAUCUGAAGACCAGGACACGGAUGCAACGACUGGGCAGAUGAGUUGUGAUAUACAGCAGAAGCAGGAAUCAGAUACUCUGACACCUGAGUUCCCUGAAUACCCCUUAGGAAAAACACUAGAAGUCAAUGUACAAGCAGAUAAGAAGGCAGAGAAAGGUAUAGAGUCUGACCAGAAAAGUCAAACAACAAGCAACACUCAAAACAUUCAACACAAGGUGGAACUUAUCAGUAUGAACAGCGCUUUGAAAACAACAGAUCUAACUGUAGCUCUGACUGAUCAAGAAAGCCAGUCUGGUACUCCAAAAUCCCCGGAUGAGAAACAAAAGAAAAAAGAGAAGUCAGAAUUAAAAAUGAAAAUUUUGGGGAAGGAUAAAUUGCACAAAAAAGAAGCCAAAGCAAAAUCCUCACCCAAAAGGCUCAAAACUCUUGGAGCAAGUGUUGACACAGAAGAUCUUCCUGAAACAGGAAAAUCUGAUGUUCUCUCAAGCUCUGAGUCAAAAACCAAACUGCUGGGAGAUCAGUCUACGGUCUCCAUAAAUAAUAAAAUCCAGAGUAGUGACAGUUCAAAGGUAAUCCCAUCCAAAUCUAUUACAGCACAGAUAAGUUUACCAAAGGUGGAACUUGGGAUAUCUGUGCGGAAAUCUCCAAAGAAAGGGGAUGAAAAAACACAGAAAGGAAAGGACAUAAAAAAGAAACAAUCCAAAAUGUCCAGUCCAAAACUUAAGCAACCUGAAAUAGACAUAGACAUGAUGAAUAUUGCUACCUCAGAAGAAAUGCAAAAAGCAAACGAUCAAGAAUCCACAACUGAAACUGGCCGUGUUUCCAUAACACAACUUCCCAAACGUGAAGACAUUGAGAUUCCAGGUAUGGAGGACAUGGCUAUGAAAACUACAACCACGAGAAAAAAGGAACCUAAAGCUGAUUUAAAAAUAAGAAAGAAAGAAGGUCAAGCUGAAACAGUGCAAAUGUCAAUUGACGUUGACAGUGUGAAAGAAGCUGUUUCAAAAUUGCCUGGAUUUAAGCUGCCUCAAGUUGAUAUAUCUGGAGUGCCUAUCCGAGAAGAAAUAACUGUCAUAGAUGCUAAUGCUCAACGAAUAUCUGUAAAAACACCCACAAAAGUAGCAAAACCAAAACAAGAAGAUCAUUUGAUAAGGUCUGACAUGACUGCGUCCUCAGAACUCUCCAAAACAAUGUUUUUAGCUGAGAACAAGAUAGCUUUCGAAAAAUAUCAAAAGGAAGAAAAAACCGGCCCAACAGAGUGCAAAAAAGAAGAGGAAACUAUGGUCUUUAAAAAACAAGAUAUUGUAAUAUCUUGUACAGAAGUAUCCAUUCUUCAAGAAAAAGAAUUUAAUAGAACAAAUGGAAAAAUCGAAUCUGAAUUAGCCGCAACCAAAGAACCACAGAGUACAUCCAUUAAGCCAAAAGUAACAAUGCCUAGCUUUGGGAUGUCAGCAAAAUCAAGAAGAUUGCCUUAUAUUGGAAUUGACUUGCAAAAACAAACUUUCAUUCAGGGAAAAGAGCUAAAAACUGAAACAAGUAAAGAUGAGAGGCAAACUGGAGAAGUCAUAUGUGAAGUACCGGAACUUGAUGGCAUCGAAUACAUUGACUCAACAGAUGAGUCGUCAGUCAAAAAAGAUGGUGGUUUGACAAGUUUUGAUAUGAGUACUCAUGCGAAGACAUCUGCUAUUUUGUUUAGAAGUAAAGAAAAUGAUGAUGAACCUAAAGAUGGAAAGAAUGAGCUGUUUAAAUUUGGAAUAACUCCUUCAGACAUACCCAGUGGAAAAGAGGAUAUAGUCUCUGAUGAGGUUACAACAAAACCUCUUGACAGAGAUGGAAAGAGUACAUUUGAAUGGCAAGACCUUGACAUCUCAUUGCCAAAAUUAAAAGGAGCAACUGUUGAUAUUAUCACAUCCAAGAAAGACACAGCUGUCACAGAAACACAGGUUAAAGGAAGACCAAUCCCAGGAGGCCCAGAGAAAGCAAUGAUCAAAAGCUCAGGUAUUGAUGUUCCAGAAGAAACAGCAAGGGCAGAAAAACCUGUAAUGAAAACAGAACCAGUUGAAACCCAAAGGGAGUCUGAUAAGGAAGCAAGCAAAUUCGCAAAGUUUGGAAUCAAAAUGCCAAAAAUCAAAGGCCCAGAAUUCAACUUGAGCUUGUCAAAGAAAGUUGCACAUGACAAACUAUCACCUGAUACGGCUGAAGGCCCACUCCUAGGAGUAUCUGAGAUAGAUGUUACACCUGGAAAGAUAAAUGCAUCUUUUCUAAAGCAAAAGAUGGAGUUAGAAAAAGCCGGAGUAGAAGUUAAACCUUUGCAGACUAAAGGUGAAUAUGAACAAAAAGGCAAAAUCAAAAUGGCAAAUUUUGAAAUGACAUCAACAAAAUUAAAAGGUCCUGAAAUAAGCGUAUCAAAGAAAGAUGCAGAUUUUAUCCUGCCAGAGGCCAAACCUGAGCUCAAACUCAUUGAAAGUUUAGAAACUGAUGUUAACAAAGAUAUUUCCGGGCAAAAACAAAAGAUAGGGAUAGAACAAUUUGACCUGAAAAUCAAAUCACUGCAGAGUGAAGGUGAGGUGAAAGGACACCAGAUUAAAAUGCCCCAACUGGGAAUUGUACUCCCAAAAGUUACAGUUCUUGAGUCAGAUAUAAGCCUAUCAAAGAAAGGAAAAGAUCCAACACUGCCAGAAGUUAAAGGAGAAAUCAAAGAGCAUGACGUUGAAGGAAAUAGAUCAUCUACAAAACUAGAUGUUAGGGCUCAUGGAAUCAAAGUUACAACAAAAAAUUUUGAAGGAUCAUCAUCAAAAUUUAAAAAGUCCCCUUUUAAAAUGCCAAGAUUUGGAGCUGCUACCCCAACCCUCAGUAGUAAUGUUUCUGACACACAGUCAUCUGAAGUUGGUGUUACUAUUGACACUGAUGUUGGUCCACCUGCUGAUGUGAAAACCAAAGCACCUGAAAUUGAUGGAAGAGCAAGUAAGUUCAAAGUUCCAAAAUUUGGAAUAUCACUCCCAAAACUAAGGGGUCCUGAAACUGGUGCAACCUCAUCGAAAAAAGUUGUUGAUGUUGAUGUCAUUUUGCUUGAAGGUGAAGCUGAGGUAAAACUCAUUGAUGCUGAGCCUGCAGAACCUGGUCUUAGGCUAGAGGGAAAAACUCUGCAGAUGGCAGUUCAGCAAGAUUUUGAUUACUCAGCAUCAAAAUCUGAAAUUAUAGUGCUGGUUCCUGAGGCUAAAGAAGUUAAACUGUCACAGGUUGAUGGAGAAAAAGGAAAUUUUUCAUCUCCAGUGGCCCUUAGUGAGAUACCUGAACUUGAAAUACAGGCUGAGAGUCAACUUCAUGGACGAGAAGGAAAGAUAAAACUGCCUAGGAUGGGAAUUACUUUGCCAAAGGUAAAAGGACCAGAAUUUCAUCUUGGAGUUUCAGGUAAAGCUGUAGAUGUCAUGGCAGUAGAAGACCAAGAAGACUUGCAAAAUACAGAAACCAUGCUGCCAGAUACUGAAACUAAAGUGGGAAUCCCAGUCCCUACAGCAGAUGUUAGUCUGGGAAAAGCAGAAAUUCUGAUCCCCACUGGAAAAGUGGAAGUUGGAAAACCAGAAGUGCACACUCAACCCAUACUGGAAGAAACAAGAGGCAGGUUAAAAAUGCCAAAGUUGGGAAUCACAAUGUCAAAAGGAAAAGGGCCCGAAACAACAAAAGAUGUAGAGGUGAUACAUACUGAAAGCAAGAGGGACGCAAAAAUACCUGAUGCUGAUUUCAAGGAACAAGAUGUGAAACAAUCACCAUCACAAUUUAACAUGCCAACAUUCAGAUUACCUAAGUUAGGACUUGGCAGCCCUAGUUCCACUACCAGAGCAUAUCCUUCAGACAAAAAUGCCCAAAGAGAUGGCAUUGACAUGGACAUUCCUGACGAGGUUCUUGCAGUUACCAUUGCUGCAUCUAGCACUGAUACUGAAGGCCCAUUCAUAGAUAUGAAAACUAUAGAAGCAGAUCAUGAAGGAAAAACGCACAGGUUUAAAAUGCCAAAUCUUGGUUUUUCUGUGCCUCAAAUCAAAGUUCAUGACUCUGAUAUAGAUGUGACACAACAAAAGACCAAAGCUGAAGACAAGCUCGGUGAUGCUGAACAGAAAAACAAAGGUACAGAAGAGGAUAGUAAAGCUCCUGAUAUUAAUGUUGUUGAAAAAGACAAACAGAGAUCACAAGGGAAAUUUAAGAUGCCAACCUUCAAGUUACCUAAAUUUGGAGUGGCCAUCUCAACUACCAAUGAAGAACAUUCUACUGUGGGCAAAUAUGUAAUUGUAGAUGGAGAUAACAUUGAGAUUCCUGAAGCAAUUAUUGCAAUCGACUCCAGAGCUUCCAGCAGUUCCCUUGAAGGUAAAUCAGAGGGUGAAAAAAUUACUGAAACCAAACAUGAAAGCAAAGAGAUUGAGUCUAAAAUUCCACAUCUUGGAUUGUCUGGGCCUGACACUGACUUGGGCCUUUCAAGUAUUGAUAUAGAUGCAAAUAUUAUAGAAAGAAAAGCUGAUGUCAAACUGAAUGAUGAUUUGAACAAAUGCUCCUCUGACAUAAAAGAUCCAGCCCCCAUAAUCAAAGUGUUAAAAAAGGAAAAAGAAGGAUCACCAUCCAAGUUUAAGAUGCCGACAUUCAAGUUACCAAAAUUUGGGCUGUCUGCUCAGAGUUCCACUGAAGAAGGAGCUCCUUUGGAUGAAGAUGUCAAAACAGGAGGAGGUGAAACUACAACUUCUGGAGAAAGUUUUCCAGUUAGCACAGAAGGGACAAGCAUUGACAUUAAGGAUCCACCAGCAGAUUUAAAAAUGACAGGACCUGAAAAUGAGGAAAGAGAAAACAAAUUUAAACUGCCAAGUCUUGGUUUUUCAGUAUCACAAACCAAAGGACCUGAUACUGAAAUAAACUUAUCCAAGACAGAUGUAGAUGUUAAAGUACCAGAUGUCAAAAUGAAAGACAAAGUCCCUGAUGAAAAAUGUAACAUAUCUUCUGAAGUGGAAGUUAAAGCUCCAGAAGUCAAAGGUAUUAAAACAGAAAAAGAAGGUUCACCCUCCAAGUUUAAGAUGCCGACAUUCAAGUUACCAAAAUUUGGGCUAUCUGCUCAGAGUUCCACGAAAGAAGUACCUCCUUUGGACAAAGACAUCAAAACAGGAGCUAGCAAAACUACAACUUCUGGAGAAGGUUUUCCAGUUAGCACAGAAGGGACAAGCAUUGACAUUAGGGAUCCAUCAACAGAUUUAAAAAUAACAGGAACUGAAAAUGAGGAAAGAAAAACAAAAUUUAAACCGCCAAGUCUUGAUUUUUCAGUAUCACAAACCAAAGGACCUGAUACUGAAAUAAAGUUAUCCAAGACAGAUAUAGAUGUUACAGUACCAGAUGUCAAAAUGGAAGUCAAAGUCCCUGAUGAAAAAUGUAGCAUAUCUUCUGAAGUGGAAGCUAAAGCUCCAGAAUUCAAAGGUAUGAAAACAGAAAAAGAAGGUUCACCCUCCAAGUUUAAGAUGCCGACAUUCAAGUUACCAAAAUUUGGGCUAUCUGCUCAGAGUUCCACAAAAGAAGUACCUCCUUUGGACAAAGACCUCAAAACAGGAGCUAGCGUAACUACAACUUCUGGAGAAGGUUUUCCAGUUAGCACAGAAGGGACAAGCAUUGACAUUAAGGAUCCACCAGAAGAUUUAAAAAUAACAGGAACUGAAAAUGAAGGAAGAGGAAGAAAAUUUGAACUGCCAAGUCUUGGUUUUUCAGUAUCACAAACCAAAGGACCUGAUACUGAAAUAAACUUAUCCAAGACAGAUGUAGAUGUUACAGUACCAGAUGUCAAAAUGGAAGUCAAAGUCCCUGAUGAAAAAUGUAGCAUAUCUUCUGAAGUGGAAGCUAAAGCUCCAGAAGUCAAAGGUAUGGAAACAGAAAAAGAAGGUUCACCCUCCAAGUUUAAGAUGCCGACAUUCAAGUUACCAAAAUUUGGGCUAUCUGCUCAGAGUUCCACGAAAGAAGUACCUCCUUUGGACAAAGACCUCAAAACAGGAGCUAGCGAAACUACAACUUCUGGAGAAGGUUUUCCAGUUAGCACAGAAGGGACAAGCAUUGACAUUAAGGAUCCAUCAGCAGAUUUAAAAAUAACAGGAACUGAAAAUGAAGGAAGAGGAAGAAAAUUUGAACUGCCAAGUCUUGGUUUUUCAGUAUCACAAACCAAAGGAUCUGAUACUGAAAUAAACCUAUCCAAGACAGAUGUAGAUGUUACAGUACCAAAUGUCAAAAUGAAAGACAAAGUCCCUGAUGAAAAAUGUAACAUAUCUUCUGAAGUGGAAGUUAAAGCUCCAGAAGUCAAAGGCAUUAAAACAGAAAAAGAAGGUUCACCCUCCAAGUUUAAGAUGCCGACGUUCAAGUUACCAAAAUUUGGGCUAUCUGCUCAGAGUUCCACGAAAGAAGUACCUCCUUUGGACAAAGACGUCAAAACAGGAGCAAGUGAAACUACAACUUCUGGAGAAGGUUUUCCAGUUAGCACAGAAGGGACAAGCAUUGACAUUAAGGAUCCAUCAGCAGAUUUAAAAAUAACAGGAACUGAAAAUGAAGGAAGAGGAAGAAAAUUUGAACUGCCAAGUCUUGGUUUUUCAGUAUCACAAACCAAAGGAUCUGAUACUGAAAUAAACCUAUCCAAGACAGAUGUAGAUGUUACAGUACCAAAUGUCAAAAUGAAAGACAAAGUCCCUGAUGAAAAAUGUAACAUAUCUUCUGAAGUGGAAGUUAAAGCUCCAGAAGUCAAAGGCAUUAAAACAGAAAAAGAAGGUUCACCCUCCAAGUUUAAGAUGCCGACGUUCAAGUUACCAAAAUUUGGGCUAUCUGCUCAGAGUUCCACGAAAGAAGUACCUCCUUUGGACAAAGACGUCAAAACAGGAGCAAGUGAAACUACAACUUCUGGAGAAGGUUUUCCAGUUAGCACAGAAGGGACAAGCAUUGACAUUAAGGAUCCAUCAGCAGAUUUAAAAAUAACAGGAACUGAAAAUGAGGGAAGAGAAAAAAAAUUUAAACUGCCAAGUCUUGAUUUUUCAGUAUCACAAACCAAAGGACCUGAUACUGAAAUAAAGUUAUCCAAGACAGAUGUAGAUGUUACAGUACCAGAUGUCAAAAUGGAAGUCAAAGUCCCUGAUGAAAAAUUUAACAUAUCUUCUGAAGUGGAAGCUAAAGCUCCAGAAUUCAAAGGUAUGAAAACAGAAAAAGAAGGUUCACCCUCCAAGUUUAAGAUGCCAACAUUCAAGUUACCAAAAUUUGGGCUGUCUGCUCAGAGUUCCAUGAAAGAAGUACCUCCUUUGGACAAAGACAUCAAAACAGGAGGAGAUGAAACUACAAUGUCCUAUGAGGUCAUUGCAGGUAGCACAGAAGGACCAAAGUUUGAAAUUAGGGGUCCAUCUGUAGAGUCUAAAACAGAGGGAAGUGAACGUGAACGAGAAGAAAAAAAGUUUAAGUUGCCAAGUCUUGGCUUUUCUGUUACACAAACCAAAGGGCCAGACAUGGAUUUAAGUUUGAAGACAGAUAGAGAUGUGACACAACCAGAGCUUAAAGCUAAAGUCAAAAUUCCUGAUGAUGAGCUGAAAAUAAUCUCUACAGAAACAGAAACUAAAAGACCUGACAUUCAAGUUGUUUCAAAGGAUAAUGAUGGAUCACCAUCCAAAUUUAAGAUGCCAACUUUUAAAUUCCCCAAAUUUGGGGUUGCAACUCCAAGUUCCACUGAAGAAGUACCUUCUGUUGACAAAGAUCUCAAAACAGGGGGAUGUGAAACUACAGCUUCAGAGGAGGUACUUAGAGUUACUGUAGAAGGACCAAAUAUUGAAAUUAAGGGGACAUCAGUUGAUAUAAAUACUGUCGGAAGUGAACAUGAAGGAAAGGAAGAGAAGUUCAAAUCUCCAAGUCUGAGUUUUUUAGUACCACAAGCCAAAGAGCCUGAUACUGAUUUGAGCUUAAAGACAGAUAUAGAUGUUACACUACCAGCAGUGAAAGCUGAAGUCGAACUCCCUGAUGACAAAUUAAACAAAUCUUCUGUUGAAGUUGAAACUAAAGCACUUGAAAACAAAAAUAUAAGAAAGGAUAAAGAUGGAUCACCAUCCAAAUUUAAAAUGCCAAAUUUUAAGUUACCAAAAUUUAGGCUUGCUGCUCAAAGUUCCACCGGAGAAGUACUUCCAGGGGUAGGUGAAACUACAAUUUCAGAAGAGGUUAUUGCAGUUACCACACCAAGCAUGGAAAUUAAAGGUCCAUUGUUAGAGCCAAAAACUGAAGGGAGUGAUCGUGAAGGAAAAGGAAAAAAGUUUAAGUUGCCAAGUCUUGGUUUUUCUGUCACAGAGGUCAAAGGGGCUGACACUGAGCUAGGGUUAUCAAAGAGAGAAGUAGAUGUCACAUUGCCUGAAGUCAAAACUGAAGUCAAAUUCCCUGAUGAUGAUCUGAAAAACACUUCUACUGCAAUAGAAGCUAAAGAACCUGAAAUCAAAACAGUGGUGAAGGAAACUGAUGGUUCACCAUCUAAAUUUAAAAUGCCUGCAUUCAAGUUGCCAAAAUUUGGGCUUGCUACUCAAAGCUCCACAGGAGAAGGUCCUCAGUUGGACAAAAAGGAAGAAGAUGAGGCUGAACUGAAAAACACUGUUACUGCAAUGGAAACUAAGGCACCUGAGAUAAAGGUCGUAUCAAAGGACAGUGAUGGAUCACCAUCCAAAUUUAAAAUGCCAACAUUCAAGUUACCAAAAUGUGGUCUUGCUACUCAAAGUUCCAAUGAACAAGUACCUGCCUUGGACAAAGAUGUCAAAACAGUGAAAGGUGAUAGUACAACUUUGGAGAAGGUUCUUACAGUUACCACAGAAGAACCGAGCAUUGAAAAUAAGGAUUCAUCCAUAGAUUUAGAGUGUUCAGAAACUGAUAAUGAAAGAAGAGGGCAUACAUUUAAACUGCCAAGUCUUGGUUUUUCAAUGGCAAAAGCCAAAGGGCCUGAAACUGGAAUUACCUUAUCCACAACAAAUGUAGAUGUCACUGUACCAGAAGUCAACGCUGAAGUUCCGUUGUCAGAUGCAAAAAUUAAACAACCUUCUGUGCAAAUGGAAAUUAAGUCUCCAGACACAGCUUAUUCAGGUGAGAUCGAAGCUGUAUCAGAAGUUAAAAUGUCUAAAAUUACCCUACCCAAAUUUGGAGUUACAACCCCACAUCUCAGUGUGGAAAUACCUGAUGUGACCAAAGAGAAAAGAAUUGAUGUAGAACCUAAUGUUGAUAUUAAACCAAUAGAUGUAAAUGCUGAAGAAUGGGAACAAAAGAAAUAUCAAGACAAAGUUGAAGUCCAGCUAUCCAGUGCUGAGGCAAAAGGAGAAGAUGUCCCUACUGUUGAGUUUGAAGGUAAAAUAAAACGACUAAAUUGGACUUUUCCAAGCAUCUCAUUUUCAAGAACUGGUGGUAAGGCCCCUGAUGUUGAUGUCAACAUUGAAACACCUAAAGCUGGCGUAACACCAACAGAGAGCAAAAUCUGCCUGCCAGAAGCUGAUGUCAAAGAAUCUCCAAGGGUCCCCACACUAGAAGCCUCCCCAGCUGCAGAAUCUGACACAAACUUAAAGAAAAGUAAGUUUUCGCUUCCCAAGUUUUCAUUUUCAAAGUCAAGCAUGAAAGAGCCUGAAGUAAAAGCUAAGCUCCCAGAUCGCGGAGUAAAAAUUGAACAUGUUGAUACCAAACUGAUAACAGAGGUCAAACUCUCUGCAGACGAAGACAAAAAUGAUUCAACAGGUUUUGAAACAGCAGCUUCUGAGGCUAAGGUCAAAUCUAAAGAUGCAAAAGGCUCACCAUCAAAAUUCAAAAUGCCAACUCUGAAAAUGCCAAGAUUUGGCAGUGCAUCUUAUGAGGUCACAACAGAGACACGGAGCACAGACAAAAUAGCUGAAGGUGAUGGAAGUCACCCUGGGGAAGAUCCUACUGUCAUCUUCAAGGGGCCAAAGAUUGAUGUUAAAACAGAUGCCUCCAAAUUGGUACAACCAGAUCAUGAAACCCUAAACACAGAAAGUGAUAGUGCGGUUCAUGGAUCUCCAAGUAAAUUCAGACUGCCUGCCUUUAAAAUACCACGACUGAGUCUUUCAAGAUCUAAACCUGAAGAUGAAUCUGCCCAUGCUGAGCAUGAAAAGAGUGAAGAUCAACUGGAAAUGAAGAUUGAGCAAAAAGAAGAAAAUAUAUCACCAAAACUGGCUAUAACAUCAUUUGGUGACAUCCUUAAGUCUACUGAUGUUGACAUUGAUGUUCGAAAAUUUGACCAAAACCUUGAAACCUCAACGGAAUCUCAUGAACCAGUUGUACCCGUCACAAAGCACACAGAUGCAAAGGACAAGGAGGCAAAAUCCAAGCAAGAUACUACCAAAAGUCCAGAGAGCUCAGGUUGGUUUAAGUUCCCCAAGUUUGGCUUGUCUUCCCCAGUGGAGCAACAAAAGAUUCUUGACAAGGUAGAGCAAAUAAAAGACAGCAGCCCAGUAGGGGAAACGAGGGAUGAGGAAGGAAGUCCAACGUUUUCUGUCCAGUCAUCGGAUGCUUUUGCUGAUAUAAGCUCUACAAUCACAAGUGAGCCUGCAGGCUCAUUCUUACCUUCCCCAACCAAGGUGAUGAUCAAAAACAUGGAUGACAGUGCAGCUGCUGGACUUGGAGAGAUGCACGGUGGCAUCAUGACUUCCACCACAAGGACUGAGCUGAUCACAGAAGUGGCCAAUUUGCCUGAGAAGAUCACUAUUUUGUCUUCUGGUGUUUCAUCGUCUUCUGAAGAUACAAUUAGACUAAAGUCUGGAAAAAUACAUAUCAUUACAUCAAACAUACAAGCUACUCCAGAAUCACAGCAUGCCAAGUUACUUACUGCUGUCCAAAUCCAAUCAGCUGAAGGCCUUGCUUUACAGUCAGAGGUAGAUGAAGCUUCACCGUGGACGGUCCAAGAUCCUCUAAGCGCCCCGAGAACAGUGUUUGAAAAACACUUGAUUCAAGAAACGUCAACGGAAAGAAGUGAGAGCAAAGAGACGCUGGUAAUAACAAAACAAAUCACCCAUGUAUUUGGCACCACAGAACCCAUCUCAGGGGAGACAGCAUCAUCAAUUCAAAGGCUCAAAGAUUCUGUGCACUCUGAGAAAAUGAGGUUCUUUGAUGAGGCUGAGAAGUGAAAGAAGAAUUUGAAUUUGUGCUUACAGAUACAACUCCCUGUUGUGUUCCAUCAUAAAAGAAGGGCUUAGAAUUUCACCACCUGAAGUUAAAAACAAAGAACGACUGGCAACUGGAAGAGGGACCAAUUAAACAAUCACAGAAAGUUAUUUGUUAGUAUCCAUGUAUUGCCAUAACAAUGUGAUGCCGAGUUGCAUGUUUAUUGAGCUAUAUAGAAAUGUAUUGCUAUAGCAAAGUGCAACUGUAACAGUUAUAAUGUGGCCAUUCUGUUAAUAAGCUAGUUAAGUGAUUCUCUUCAUUACAUAAUAUGUAUUUGCUUUACAAUAAAAGGUAUUUGUGAUAUGGUAGCAUACACCUUGCAAAAGUAUUGAUACCCAAUAUAUUUUCACUUAAUUGUUCACAUUUCAUCACAUUACAACUACAGAAUUCAGUGGGUUUAUGGGUAUUUUAUGUGAUAGGCACAAAGUAGGCUAAAAUUGGUUUUCAAAUUAACAAAUAAAUAUUAAUAAAUACACUUCUGAAAAUGCGACAUGUUUAUUACCACCACUAACAGCGCUUUAACACAGAUUUGGUACAGUUUGAGAGAGGAGAGUAACUAUAUUUAGCUGAGCUUAAAAACAAUCACAGAUGAUUGGUUAUUUGCUGAAAUGUGUUUGAACAAACUGAGCUAUUUAAAAUAUUUUAAUUUAUCUAUUCCACCAAAUCAAAGUUUAUAGUAUUCUCAUUCUUAAUAAAAAAUAUAAACAUUUUAUAUCUUUGGUCUGUGUUAAAAUCCAAGAAUUUCUUGGAGCCCCUUGUUGGUUUGGGGUCCUUAAGCAGUGGCUUAAUUUGCUUAUGCCUUGGGCAGGCUCUGUAUGAGCCUCUGGAUUCGCUUCUCUGAUUAAUGCAAACAUUUUUAUUUGUAAAGAAAAUGAACAUAUGUUAAAAAUAAACAACUGCUAAAUAAACAAUGUAUCUUGUUUCUUCCCCUUCACUGUUAUGUGCUACUUUUUGCUUAUCAAAUGAAAACCCAAUGAAGUACACAGAGGUUUGGGGUUAUGAUGUUGCAAAACAGGAAAACCUUCAAGGGUUGUAAAUUCUUUUGCAAGGCACUCUGUGUAAAAUGAUUCCUGUCAAUUUGUACUUUUCAACACUGUUCAUGUCACUUUCCAUAAUUUGUAGGGUGAUCACUAUAGCAUUCAGUUAAAAGAUCUGCUCUGAGAAUGUUGCUAAUAUUCCAAAGUAUGUUCACAUUUAAGACACUAUAAUGCUUAAAGUAGAAAAUAUUUACAGCAGAGAAACCUAUAUACAAGUAAAAAAAUAAAUGUACAGGAAUUAUCCCUAUAGUGUGACUACACCUGAUGUGUAAAGGAACAAUACCAAUGCAAAGCUGAAGUGAAAUGUUCAUUGUAAAACUUGUAAAAGUGCCCUGCUAUAAUCACACUUGUAACAAAUCACUGUGCAGAACCUAAUUUGCCAUGAUGUACACUAAAACUUUCCAGGCCAUGUAUAUAGCUUCUAGAAACCUUGUUAUUUUUUGGUCACUGCCCUUGUUUGUAUCCUGAUAGGCUAUAAUAUACUGUAACUGAAUGUAUUUGAAAAGUUACACACAAUAAACAAUAAGUAAUAGUAAAGUGAAUAUAAAACAUUUA